AUGGACAUGAAAAAGGUCAGUGGCAAUCCUGGGCCACAGGUGUGCAAGAAUUUCGUGGUGGUAAUGGUUCCCUGUGUUGGCAAUUUAGCAAAGCCAACUUCAGAAUAUCCACACCAUGGGACAACAAACAAGACUUCAGUAAAUGGAACUUGUGGCUGCAGAUCGAUAUUCUCCAGUAGAAUUGUUGGUGGGACAAACUCCAUGAAAGGUGAAUGGCCUUGGCAGGUUAGCCUCUUGCAUCGUGGAUCACACGUCUGUGGUGCCUCCAUCAUCUCUAACAGAUGGCUCAUCUCUGCAGCUCAUUGCUUUACGAAUUCAUAUGCCAAUCCUUCAGCCUGGAAAGCUUUAAUGGGAUCACGUAUUAUUAGACACGGUAUAUCCAGAAACAUCAGAAGAAUCCACGCCCACCCCAACUACAGCAUUCCAAUUCGCUUUAACAAUGACAUUGCAGUCCUGGAGCUUUCCUUCCCCCUCUUCUUCAAUGACUUCAUCCAGCCAGUUUGUCUCCCCUUGAAUAGUACAGUCUUCGCUGUUGGUCAAAGCUGCAUAAUCACAGGAUGGGGGACGCUUGCCUAUCAAGGCUGGACUCCAAGAAUCCUUCAAAAGGCGGAAGUGAAAAUCAUCAGUGACAACAGAUGCAGGCGUACCUAUGGAUAUCAUGUUAGUGAUAAGAUGCUGUGUGCUGGUAUCUUAGAAGGAGGAGUUGAUGCCUGUCAGGGUGAUUCAGGAGGUCCACUUGUUUGUCAGAGUCCAGAUAAGACUUGGCUUCUUGCUGGGAUUGUGAGCUUUGGUAUUAAAUGUGCCAGGCCUAAUAUACCUGGAGUCUAUACUCGUGUUACAGCUCUGAGAGACUGGGUGCAGCAGGAAACUGGGUUCUUGGAGGGGAGAGGCAGCAGGAGUGAACAUGACUGCACCCGGAAGAGGAUGAAAUCAUCCACUGAGGGACAUAGUGGGCAACUGCCCCUGAAAAAGAGGUCUCAGAAGCAGCAGCCAAGGUUGUUGGGCUACGACGUUCAACCCAUCAAAGAAAGCCUCCUGAGAGCCAAUAACUCUACAUGGAGUUCGCUGGUACCUCUUGUGGUCUCCAUUUUGGGCCACCAGCAAAAAAAAGGCGGUGGGAGAGCUCCAGCAAGUGCCUCAGCCCCAACCGCCAGAGCAUCUCAGAUGAGAAUUCUGAGUAAACAUCUGAGAAAGACCCAUCACUUGUACCUUCCACUAGCGCAGAUACACACACCUUGGGAGCGCCCUAGCUCUAGAGUGUCUGCUGAGCCUGACUCCAAUGAUGAGCCCCUGCAAUCAGCCCUGACAGAAAUGUUGGAGAUGCAAAGACAGGUAGGGGAGCAUCAGGCAGGGUUGUCAGAGGCUAUCAACAGACUGGAACAAAGGAUGGAGGAGUCUGUCCACAUUCUGUCAGAUGUCUUGGCUCUGGCAUGUGAGCACAUCAAAGUCUCCAUGGGAAAGGUGGCUGCCGCUUUGGAGAUCCAGUUAUUCAAAAUGAAAAAGUCCAAAAGUCUUGUGAUCAUCAUUGUGGUUACUUCUGCUCUUCUGAUUCUUGCAGCAGUUGCAGCCAUUCUUCUAGGAGUCUUUCUCACACAAGCUGCAACUUCUGGAUCAAGUGAUGUCUUCUUCAGCGUAAAUUUCAGAAUAUUAAAUAUUGCUUACCAUGAUACCUUGGCAACACCCAGUUCAGCUGAGUUCUCUCAAUUAGUGAAUGACAUUGAGACACAAAUAAAAACCGUGUAUUCAACAUCAAACUUGUCCAUGCAAUUCGACAAUUCACAGGUUGUAGAAUUCAGGGCAGGCAGUGUUAUAGUGACACUUAUCCAACAGUUCAAGGGAGAUGGAAGCAACUCUUUAACAGCAGGAACCGUUGAAAAGACAUUUCAGCAAAGUCUGGCACAAGUCAAUAUGUCUAGUCAAUCUGGUUCCUUGGACCACUUCAUUAUAGACUUAAAGUCAAUUCAGUUCACUGAAAUCAGCCAGGCGGAAGCAAAAGUUUUUAUCAACAGUGUGCCUUCAGCUGUUUCAACCACAUUGGGCAUGUCAAACACAAAGGCUACAAUUGCCACUACAGACACCCCCACCACACUUCACUCAAGUGGGAAGUCUACAAAUGCUGUUACAACACUCACCAAUGGAAUCACAACUUCUGCAUCCAAAAGUACCAGCUCAAGCCCAACUUGUGGCUCCAGACCUGCAAUCUCCAGUAGGAUUGUCGGUGGCACAAACUCGAUGAAUGGUGAAUGGCCUUGGCAGGUUAGCCUCCAGAUCAGAUCACACGUCUGUGGUGCUUCCAUCAUCUCUGACAGGUGGCUCGUCUCUGCAGCUCACUGCUUUGUGGGAACAAAGAGCAAUCCAUCAAUUUGGAAAGUUUACAUGGGAACGGUUAAUGUAGGAAUGGGUAUUGUCCGAACCAUCAAAACUAUCAUCAGCCAUCCAAACUACCUUUCAAACAGAAAUGAUUUUGACAUCGCAGUGCUGGAGCUUUCCUCCUGUCUCAACUUCGUAGAUGUCAUCCAGCCAAUUUGCCUCCCAUCGUCUAACCAGGUCUUUCCUGCUGGGAAAAGCUGCACAGUCACAGGAUGGGGGACUCUUUCCUUUCAAGGCUCAUUGCCAACAAUCCUUCAAAAAGCAGAUGUGGACAUCAUCAAUAACAACACAUGCAAGACUAUCUAUGGAAAUAUUAUCACUGAAAGGAUGCUGUGUGCUGGCUUCUUAGAAGGGGGAGUCGAUUCCUGUCAGGGUGACUCUGGAGGUCCAUUAGCCUGUAUGGAGCCUGACGGAACCUGGUUUCUUGCUGGAAUUGUGAGCUUUGGUUUAGAAUGCGCCAAACCUAAUUUUCCAGGAGUCUAUACUCGUGUAACGGCUCUUCGCGACUGGCUGCAGGAGCAGACUGGAAUAUAAAUGAUUGUAUUAAGUAAUGGUCCAAUUUGCAUUGUUCCCUGACUGAUUAUCAUUCUCCAUUAACAAAUUCCAGCUUGAUGCUUAUCAAGAAAUUAUUUGGGUGCAUUGAAUUCCCUGCUGCACAUCUUCAAAAAAACAAUGCAAUUUAUUUUCUUGGUCCCGUAUUUUCUAUUUUGGGUGGGAUUUUCCAGGCCACAAGGUGUGGCCUGGCAGGAGUGGAGGGAGCUGGGAACAUUGUGAGGAGUUGCACUAGGACAGCUCCCCAAUAAUGCCGCUGCCAGGGAGGUUUCCCAGAAGUAGGACCAGCCGCUAAUCAGCUAUGUGCGGGUAAUCUUUUAAAUAUUUAAAUGCUCCAUUAAGGUAAUUUUCCCGGCAGAGCAGCCCCCUUGAGCUGCACAUGGGGAGGCUGCCAGCUCUGUGGAGAUGGCGGCCUCCCUGUGGCAGCCCAGGAGACCAUCAGAGCUGGAGGCUCCAUAGC